GAUUCGAAGGGAAGUCAGCACGCCCGCCGCGAGGUCGCAGGAGGGGGCGGGGCGAAGAAGACGGACGUCUCUUUCCUCCAAUCGGAAGGCCGGGAUGCCUAAGCGCCGGCCAAUAGGAAUGGAGCUGGGGGCGCGGGGCGCGGCCUAGCCAGCGGAGGCCGCUUUCUGAGGGCUUCUCAAGCGAGGAGGGGAAAGCGAGGAGAAAGCGCCGCACCGCCCCCCCCCCAAAACCCUCCGCUCGGGCCGCGCCACCGGCUGGAGGGUUCGCGGGGAGAGGCUUCGUCAGGGCAUUGACUGGUCAGCAAGGCGUGGCAGGAAUGUUCCAUCCACUUCAAUGGAGGCCGCCCUCCAGCUUUUAUUCUCUUUAUGCGAACUCAUCCCGCUUCAUCAGCUAUGAAGGGAAACCACGGAAGGUGUGGUGGAACGAGGACUUCCUGAAGGGCAAGUACCAGUGGCUGCUUACGUGGCUUCGGAAAGGCUCCGAGCAAGAGCCGGGGCAGAAGAGCCUACUCUCCCUGCUAGCCAAUCAGUGCAGCUAUGUGACCAGCCAGAGAAUCAGGCGUGCUCAGCAAAUCGCUCAGCUGUACAGUAACAUUUACUCCGAGAGGGCGCGCAAGAAUCUCUUCUCUUCCUUGUGGCGUCGGUUCCAGGGUCAUCAUGCCAACGCCUGCAAGCUGAUGGCAGCCCUCACCGGAGUGUUCCUGUGGGAAGAGGAGAGGAUCAAAGAAGAAGAGCUGAAGAGGUCUGUGCAAGAAAUGAAACACAUGCAAGAAAUCUCGAGGUUCUUCCCGAGCAGCGUGGAAGAAAACCAGGAGCUGGAGCCAAGCACCUACCAAGGUGUCUCGUCCGAUCCUGAAGAUCAGAGUUGGGAAAUGGUGGUCAACAAGAAGCACUUCAAACUAUGGAGGCGUCCCGUUGAUGGGGGUCACGUGUACCAGUAUCGAGUCUUUGGAACGUACACAGAUGUGACACCAAGGCAGUUUUUCAACGUGCAGCUGGAUACGGAAUACCGGAAGAAAUGGGACUCUCUAGUGAUCAAACUGGAGGUGAUUGAGAGAGACCGGGACACCGGCUCAGAGGUGGUGCACUGGGUAACUCACUUUCCGUACCCAAUGUAUUCACGGGAUUACGUUUACGUUCGACGGUAUGAUGUGGACCGGGAGAACAAUCUGAUGGUGCUGGUGUCACGAGCGGUAGAACACCCAGGCGUCCCAGAAGAUCCUGAAUUUGUCCGCGUCCGAACCUACGAGUCACAAAUGGUUAUCCAUCCUCACAAAUCAUUUGAUGAGAAUGGCUUCGACUACCUGCUCACGUACAGCGACAACCCACAAACUGUGUUUCCUCGAUACUGUGUCAGCUGGAUGGUUUCCAGUGGCAUGCCGGACUUCUUGGAGAAACUGCACUCGGCCGCGCUGAAGGCAAGGAACAUGGAAAUCGUUUUGAAAGACUAUAUCUCCACUUCCAAAUCCUGGGACAGCGGGGGCGAGAACAGCAACGGGGAAGGGAAGCCCAGCAUGCCCGGCCAAGACCAUAAGAAUGAAGGAGCCCGCAGCCCUAUUCAGAUAGACUAUGCUUAAAAGGAGAGAGGGCUCGGUUUGCAACGUCGCCAGCCCCCACGCCUCUUGCUCCAGGCUGUGAAAAAGGAAAAACAAAAAAACGCCACAGAGAAGGAUGCCUUUGGGAUCUCGAACACCUCCUCCUCUUCCUCCUCCUCUUCUUCUCUGCCACGUCUCCUCCUCGAAAGACAGCAACACCGUCAGCCCUGGGGAACCAGGCUCGGCCAUCUUGAAAAACAGUUUUGUGCGGCCACUUCUGCGUCGUCAUCUUAUUUUGCUCUUAAUCCUGGGGGUGUGUGGGGAGGAUUGCUGGAGAAAAACGCUACGUUCCUGGAUGGUGGGCCUCGUUUCUUCCUACCCCAAUAUUGAGGUUCCCUGCAAGCCAUUUGGAGAGAGGCUGCUCGUUGCCUCUUCUCUCUUUUGUAGAGAACGAAUCGCGCGGAGGCCGCCGCGGCCUGGCUUGAGGCAAGCCGCCCAACUGUCGACAGCCCCGAUGCUGGUUCCUGCUUCUCGUUUGGCUUCCUGUGUCUGCGUCUCUCUCAAUCUUCUGCUCUGCUUGCAGAGGGGAUGCUAUGCUGCCAAAGUGCCUUCUUUCCCCGCUGAGGCACAACUGAAUGCCAUCUCUUUGGCCACCGGAAGUGGGCGGCGGACCCGUCGAGAGUCCCUUGGGCGUUAAGGUCCAGGCUAUCCCCCUUCGUGACGUCCCUGUCCACAGAGCAAAGGAAAAGCCCACCUUCUUCUGCACCUUUCAAUCUCUCCAUUUUUAGAACUGGCCACCUUGGGGGUUUAUUUCCUCAACAAGGUGCGACUAUUUGUCAAUCCGGUGACAUCGGCGAAAAGCGCUGUCGCCACAGUCCCAAGACGCCAUCUCUUGAGUUGGGGCACCACAGCUUAAAGCAACACGCGCUCGUCUUCGUACAUGUUGGUCCAAGCUGACCCUUUGCCAUGAGGGAGGAGGUGGAGGAGGGUCCUGCUUGGUGAUAGGCCAGCUAGCCAGUUUCCUGGGUGGCCAAUGUAAGAAGGAGAAAGGGGAGGGUAUAGUUUUUCCCCUUGGGGGAUUCAUAUCAGCAACAGAAUGCACGGCUUAACGAUACACGGGACAGGUGAGAACUCCCAAAACUCUUUUGCCUCUUUGGUGUAAGAUAUUGGGGAGGGGGGAGCCUAUAACAGCUCCUUCACUUGGGGGGCAGGAAAGUGGUUAAACCUUGACUCCUGUUCCUUCCCAAAGGGGUUUGGAGCCUCUUUUGCAACCCUGGUACCCCGCAGAUGGUGGGAAGCAAAGCUGGGGGAAAAAAAAACCCUCCAGUUUUGUGAACGGUUGCUUCAAGUUGAUUUUAUUCCUUAAGCUUCAAACGUACUAAUACCGUGGGGGUGGGGUCUCCCAACACUUGGCAACUUUUAAGACUUGUGGGCUUCAAUUCCCCAGCCAGCAAAUUCUGGGCAUCAGAAGUCCACAAGUUUUAACAUUUGCCACGUUUGGAGACACACACACACACCCCUCUACUAAAUGGACUGAAUUUCGGUCAAACUUCCCACGGGUGCCUUACGAUUGGCAGUGGACCACCUGGGCGCUGUCGUGCACCUUGGGAUCACAAGUCCCGUGCAAAGCAAGGAACGCUUAAUGUCCGUUUUCCGAGCCCAGGCAUGCUGUGGGGCGUUGGCAGCUUCAUGGUGCUGAGGCAGCAAGUGGUUUUAUCUGCCAGUUCCCCCCACCCCAAGAGGUUAAAUACUAUUGCAAAUAUAUAUAUAGUGUAUGUAUGUGUGUGUAUAUAUAUAUAUACAUACACACACACAUAUAUAAUCAGAAUCAUUUUCCGUGCCAAAGACAAAGGAUAGCCUCCCGUUCUCUUCUGCUUUGUGCAUUUCCACUUUUUUAAAAAAGUGUGGCAGGAAAUGGGAAGCAGUGGCCGAUGUUAAGAUUUGGGGACUUCGACUCCCACCAUUCCCUGACCAGCACACACUGACUGGGGAACUCCGGGAGCUGAAGUCCCCUUAUCUGAAAAGGGGUUGAAAACCAUUCUGAUGCAGGCUGACUUAACGAGAGCUUCUCGUCAUCCGGGAUGGCAGGACUUUGGCGUGGGAUUGGCAUGGUCAGGAAACACUGUACGUGCAUGGGGAAUUGUUCGCGUCCGGGGACCGUCUUAAUAUAAUGGCUGAGUGAUUUGUGUUUUUAUUUCAACUAAUGUUUUUAAUGAGAACCAAACAUCAAUAAACGUAACUCAUUGGUGCUCUCAUCUAACCAAGCUGCCUUCGGGAGGUGGGGGGGUGGGAGAGGAAGAGGCGAAUGAGAAAAAAAUGUAUCCCAUUGCUCAAAGCUCCCUUUUGUUUUGAACAUCUGGACAGGUUUGGCCUCCCUGGUUUGCAUCCAGAGUGGGAAGUAUUUUUAGCCAACGCGGGGCUUAGGGUAGCAAUGGGCUAAAUACACAAAGCAGCAUUAUUAUCAAGAGUUGGAAGGGACCUUGUAGGUCAUCUAGUCCAACCCCCGCUCGCCCAAGCAGGAGACCCUGCACCAUUUCUGACAGAUGGCAGUCCUGUCUCUUCUUGAAAGCUUCCGGGGAUGAAGCUCCCACAGCUUCUGAAGGCAGGCUCAGCUGUAUGUCAGAAGUAGAAUAGGAUUUCCUGAGCCACUGUUGAUAAUCUCCACUCCUCAAAUUCUGGGCAUUGGUUCUCCCCCUCUGCCCCCCCGUGAUUAUGUAGCAUUGUCUUUGGAUAAUACAAAAUUUUCACGAUAACCCUAAACAUUUACGAUUUCCCAUGACUUUGGAAUGGCUUUGCCUUCAGAAGAUGUGGAGGCUUUUAAAAAGAGACUGGACAGCCAUUUGUCUGGAGUGGUAUGGGUCUCCUGCUUGAGCAGGGGGUUGGACUAGAAGACCUCCAGGGUCCCUUCCAGGUCUCGUUCUGUUCACUAGAAGUCUUACAUAAAACGGUUAAUUUCCUUCCUUAAACCAAAUAUCCCUAAUGGUUUUUGAAUGACUGUGGACCUCCCUAACUGCCAGUUGGGACCUUCUGUUGUCUUCACACCGCAGGAGAAUCCCCAGUGCUUACUCUGGAGGCCAUCAUCUGGGGGAGAUUGAACUAGCAACAUCCAAAUUACAAGUUCCACAUUUGCCUUUGGUUCAAUUUGCUUCUCUGAUCUUAUCCUUGGUGUCCUUUUCAUAGUGCCCACCAGGUGGCAGCACCCCACCGUGGUGUGAAGAUCAUUUUAUUGAAUAGGCCUGUGGUUUGGUAGGCUUUGCCUGAAAAUCUCAUUUUUCUGGGCCACCAAUUUAAAUAAGCUUCCCAAAAAAAAAAAACCUUCAUGGUGACAUCCCACAGACAGCUGUUCUGAGUUUCUCAUCCAUAAUAUAACAAAAGAAGUACAAUUUUAAGGAAGAGAAACUGCAUAUUAGAAAAUAUUUGGAUGCGCAGAAGGCUUUUGGCUGCCGAGAGUUAAGUGCACGAAUAGGAAACACAAAGACAGGUGGAGUGGCCAAGAAACCGGGCCACUAAGCAAUUAAUGCCUGCAGAAAGCAAGAGAAAAGAGAUAAAACAGACCAAAGGAGCUUCCGUUUGCAAGGAAUGUUGAUGGUGCAAAAGGUAAUUUGUGGCUACGUGAACAGCGGAAGGAAGGGCAGGGCUCGCUCAUUGGUGAAGACGGUGCUGUAACAGCUCAAUUCCUACUUUGGUUUUGUGUCUUCGCAGGAGCAUGGUGGACAUAAGCCCUAUAAAUGACGAGUGUCAGGCUAAGUAAAGGAAGGGGUAAGGAGCGGCUUGCCACCAUGAAUGAGUUGUGGAUGCCAUCUUGAACCCUGUUCCCUCGCGUGUUGAGAAAUUGUGCAAUCAGAAAAGAGUCAAGGCUUUUAAAAGUGGGGGGGCAGAGCACCUGGGACUUACAGACUCAUCAGCUGCCAGUGAAUUCAGGCAAAACUUUAGAACAAAUAAAGCUAUUCGUUCAUGCACUUUUUGAAAAUGCAUGGCUAGUCUAGGGAAGAGAAGGACCAGGGGAGACAGGAUAGCCGACUUCCAAUACUUGAGGGCAAUGGUGGGAUUCAAGUAAUUUAACAAUUCUCUGCCCUAAUGAUUUCUUCCAACAACCAGUUUGCCAAUCUGUUCAGAAAGUUAACAACCGGUUCUCCCGAAGUGGUGCGAACUGGUUGAAUCCUACCACUGCUUGAGGGGCUGCCACAGAGAGGAGGAAGGUGGGGGUCAAGCUAUUCUCCAAAGCACCCGAAGGCCAGACAAGGAACAAUGGAUGGAAACUGAACAAGGAGAGAUUCAACCUGGAAAUAAGGAGGAAUUUCCCAACAGUGAGAACAAUCAACCAAUGGAACAGAAGUAGUGGGAGCUUCAUCACUGGAGGCUUUCAAGAAGAGAUGACUGCCAUCUUUCAGAAAUGGUGUAGGGUCUCCUGCUUGGGUAUGUGGGGGGGUUGGACUAGAUGAUUGCUAAGGUCCCUUCCAACUCUGUUAUUCUGUUCUGUCCUAACUCACCAUGACCUGGAUGACUUGAGAAUCUCCAGAGAUUAGCUAGCAUUGGCUUAUUAAAAAAAUAAGCGGAAACACAAGUUUAAAAAAGAUGAAUCUGAUCCCCCCCCUCCAAUAGAGAUGUUUGUUUAGUUAACGAUGGUAAAGGGGUGGUAGUAUGUCUUGAGUAAACAAAGUAUUUAGCAAUGCCUCCCAUGAGGCCCUAGUAGUGAAGGCAAAUUGCGAGCUGGACUAUGCUGCAUUAAAUGAAACUGCUUGAAUAAAUAUAUAAGUAUCCAUUUUUA